AUGGUUUCCAAGAGUGAGCUCAAGAAGCGUACGCAGAAGAGGGCCAAGAAGGUCCCGGCGGCCAUGUUGCGCGACAGCAAGCAGACACUGGCCAAAGCCGACGGAACAACUUUCGACCCCGACUUCAUGUUCAAACAGGGGUUUCUGGCCGACGUGUACAAGCUUCGUCCAUCAGAGAAUGUUGUCACGCGAUUCCCACCUGGGCCGAAUGGCUACCUCCAUUCAAUUCGGCGGUAUCUCGAGAAGACUGUUCCUCGUCUCAUGCUUGUUCUCGACCCCGUGCGACUGGGGAUUGAAGACGCCGAGGAGCAAGAUCUCGACACUGUCUACAUCGAUCGCUCAGACUUUCGCGAGGUUGACAGCAAGGACUACUUCCGUCUCGCUCCAGGCAAGAUUGUUGGUCUCCUUCAAAUGCCGUAUCCUGUCAAGGCUAUUUCUUUUGCCAAGGAUGAGGCGACCGGAGCCGUCACGGAAAUGAGAGCCGUCUUUGACAAGGGUGGCAACAAGCCAAAGACAUUUAUCCAGUGGGUGCCCCUGAAGGCUCGCCCAAGGCUGAAUGAGACGAUCUGGCCGAGCGCCAUGACUGAAAGAGGCUUCUACGACGGCGUGCGUGUUGCCUACUUUGCUUGUGACUCGGACAGCACGGAGGAUAAGGUGGUGCUCAACCGCAUCGUGGCUUUGAAGGAGGACUCUGGUAAGAGCAGCUGA